GAGGGCACACAUUGAGAAAGUACAUAAUGUUCCGAAAGUCAAAUGCCUUCAGUUCUCCGCGAGGAACGAAACAUUCAUCUACAAUGACCACACAGAAUAUACUCAAUGAGGGGCAGGAAAAUGAAAUGGAACUGUUCGGUUAUAAGAAAAAACUGACUCGAAAUAUCCUUUGCAUUAUUGGUUACAUCUUUACCUUGGGGAUCCUUAAAAUAAUUUUCUACUGGAAACCUCAACUGGAUGUCUGGUGUCACUGUGUCUCAUGCAGCUUGGCAGAUGCUGAAGUGAUAUUGCUCAGAACCACUGAUGAAUUUAGGAAGUACACCAAGAAGAAAGUAAAAUGGAUCCAUUCAGAUUCAUCACAUGCUUCACCUAAUUCUGAAACAGCAAAGAUGGAAACAUCUGAACUACACGAGUUGUUAAUUAGGCCUCAGACUUGGGUACGAUACAUCCGAGUACAGAGGACUCGCUAUGUGUGGAAUCCAUCAGAAAGCAUGUUUCAGAAAAUUGGGGUUCUGGAAGAGAAUCACUCAUGUUCUGACAUACAUGCAAAGUAUGGACUGGGAUUAAGCAGUGAAGAACAAAAAGCCAGACAAAAGUUGUGUGGGCUAAAUACAAUUGAUGUCGAAAUAACCCCAAUAUGGAAGCUACUAUUUAAGGAGGUAUUAAACCCAAUUUACGGUUUUUCAGUUUACUCAAUAAGUAUCUGGCUUGUAAAUAAUUAUUUAGAGUUUUCCAUAAUCAUAUUACUGUUGAGUAUUAUAUCUCUUUUUUCAACAACUUAUUUAUUGAGAAAGCAUUCUAUUAAACUACAUAAUAUGGUGGCAUCCCACAACAACAUAGUGGUUUCUGUGCUUCAAAGGAAUGGAGUGGUUAAAGAGGUUGAAUCCAAAUACCUGGUACCUGGAGAUGUGCUAAUUAUAUCUGAGAAAAAGUUUUACCUUCCUUGUGAUGCUUUAUUGAUAUCUGGGGGAUGUAUUACAAAUGAGUGCAUGCUAACAGGUGAAAGUGUUCCUGUGACAAAAGUUCCUUUACCAAAUGUAGAUAAUGGAAUUUCUUGGAAAUUGCACAGUGGAGAAAAUAAUCGAGCACACAUGCUGUUUUGUGGAACAGAAGUUAUAAAGACAAUACUCCCUGUUGAAGGAUCUGUAAAAGCUCUGGUCUUAAAAACAGGGUUCAACACGGCCAAGGGAGACCUAAUACGUUCAAUUCUCUACCCAAAACCUGUUAAUUUUAAACUUCACAGAGAGGUGUGGAAAGUCAUCACUGGAUUAAUGGUGCUUUCUGUUACUGGAAUAAUUUAUACUAUUGUCAUUAAUUCACUAAAUGGGGCUACAGCAAAGGAUAUGGUAAUCUUGAGUCUCCUCAUGAUCACUCUUGCGAUUCCAGUUUCUCUGCCUCCAACGUUGACCACCUGCACCCUUUACUCACAAAGUCGCUUAAAAAAGCAAGGGAUAUUUUGUAUCAGUCCUCAACGGAUUAUUGUGUGCGGACAGUUGAACCUUCUCUGUUUUGAUAAAACAGGUACAUUAACAGAAGAUUGCUUAGAUUUGUGGGGCAUUGUUCCUUCUGGAGGAAACAGCAGAUUUCUGGAGGCAGUGCCCAUUACACCUGGAUGUACUUUACCCUGGAGUCCUUUGAUUGGAGCAAUGGCCAGUUGUCAUUCAUUGGUGUUAAUCGAUGGAAAAGUACAUGGAGAUCCACUAGACAUGAAGAUGUUUGAAGGAACAGGCUGGGAGCUUGAAGAAUGCAAGACAGAUGGGGAAUCUAGUUCAUAUUCUCUUGUCACACCAAGAUCACAUACACUAAAUGUACCAGUUAAAGGAUUCUGUAUUUUUUACCAGUUUCCCUUCUCCUCAAGUCUUCAACGCAUGACUGUUAUUACUAAGCCAAUAGGAGAAUUGAAAUUCUUGGCUUUUAUGAAAGGAGCUCCAGAGAUGAUAGUUCAGUUUUGCAGGAAAGAAACAGUGCCAGACAAUUUUUAUUGCAUCCUCGACCACUAUACAAUGCAAGGUUACCGUGUCAUUGGCAUUGCUUAUAAGGAUUUCAAAUCAAAAGAGGAAAUUAAUGUGGACCGCUUAAAAAGAGAAGAAGUGGAGAAUGAACUUCAGUUUCUUGGUUUUCUGAUCAUGGAAAAUAGACUCAAGUCUGAAACAAAACCAGUUCUUCAUGAACUUAAAUCUGCAAACAUAAGAACAGUUAUGUUAACAGGUGACAACCUUCAAACGGCUUGUACGGUGGGACUGAGCUCUGGUAUGGUAUCUGAGGCUUCCAGGUUACUCAUGCUGGAAGCCUGUGAACCCUAUGGAGAAAGGCCAGCGUCAUUUACAAGCCAGUCAGUGGAAAGCCACAGGGACAAGUCACAGACACAAAAUGAAUCCAUGAAACGUAUUGCAACCACAGCCUCUGAUAUUACUUGGGGAUUAAAUGCAACUGCAGGAAAAUAUCAUUAUGCGAUGAGUGGGAAAUCCUAUGAUGUUUUAAAGAAACAUUUCCCUGACAUGAUACCUGAUAUACUUCUUAAUGGAACAAUUUUUGGCCGAAUGACGCCAAAACAAAAAACUGGCAUCAUAGAAGAUUUGCAAAAAAUUGACUAUUACGUUGGUAUGUGUGGAGAUGGAGCAAAUGAUUGUGGGGCCCUCAAAGCUGCUCAUGCAGGAAUAUCAUUAUCAAAUUUGGAAGCAUCAAUGGCUUCACCCUUUACAUCCAACAUCCCAAACAUCGAAUGUGUGCCCAAACUACUAAAAGAAGGAAGAAAUGCAUUUGUUACUGCCAUUUGUUUGUUCAAAUUCCUCAUGAUGUAUACCAUGAGUGCGUUUAGUAUCCUGAUACUUCUAUUUUGGAAACAAACAAUUUUUGGAAAUUACCAAUACAUGAUGCAGGACUCUAUCAUUUCUGUCACAGUCAUGCUUACAAUGAGUUUAACUGGGCCAUAUUCAAAGCUAGCCCCUUACAGACCUGCAACGAGCCUUCUUUCUCCACCUCUACUGCUCUCACUGGCUUUGCAAAUUUCAGUCACCAUUAUUAUACAAGCCAGUGCCUUCUUCCUUCUGCAGCAGCAACCAUGGUACAGUGAAAGAAAUUUUUUCAGUGCUUGUCUUCCUAAUGAAACUUCUGUCAACCAAACAAUGAUGAUGCCACGCAGUCACUCUCAAAACUUUCUGACCACGACGUUGUGGCCUGUGAGUGCUAUAAACCUCAUCAUUUUGGAAUUUGUAUUUUCGAAAGGAAGGCCUUUCAGAAAGCCAAUGUAUACAAACUAUAUAUUUUGCACACUCGUUUUAGCCCAACUGGCUGCCUUUUUAUUCAUGCUGUUUGCUGAUUUUGAAUCUGUUUAUUAUGCCAUGGAGCUUGUCUGCACACCCUAUUACUGGAGAUUUGAAACAUUAGGAUUGCUUAUCAUACUUUUUGUUGCUUCUUACAGCAUAGAGGUCUUUGUGUACAACAGGAAACUUUGGUUGAUCAUAAAGAAGAUUUUUGGUUACAAGUCAAAGAGCCAGUACAAGAAAAUUCAAAGAACUUUGGAAAAGCAUACAGACAGCUCUUUGUACAAAGGGAUAUUUCCUUCAGAGCAACAGCUUUCACUACGAGAAAGAGACUGUGUUUGAUGAACCAUCCAGUGACAAACAUGAGAAUUAAUACUGUACAGAUAAACUAUUACUGUAUGUGCUCUAGUUUUUACAUGAUUGUUUGGAUUACAUAUGCACUCUUGUCACUUAAAUGCAACAAACAUAUAGAUGUUCAGCUUUAUGAAUAAAUGAGCAAGUUUACUUAUAAGUGCAUUUCAGCA